AUGGCCGAAUCUCUCUACGCGUCGUGCGCGCAAGUCCUCUCAGUCUGUCAAUCAAUAGAAGACGACCUUGUUGCUCUGCUCCAUCCACAGACAGGAUUCGCUCCUCGGCUACGGCAACUAUGUCUUGACCAGCUAGCUGAAUUAGACGAGGACGACAUGGGUGAAAUGUCGGAGGCUGAAGCAGAAGCAUUGAGAUUAGAGGCGGAUACUUGGGCUCUGCUGCAAGCCCUUAUGCCCCUCCGUAAAACCCAACCGCUGAAGCACCCUGACCCGCAUACCCUCCUUGCGGCCAAUCCAUACACUCCACCAGCUACUCUCGCGCAAUCCAUCAUGAACUCUUCGCCGCUACUCUCAGAACUCGUCGUUGUGCGCGAAUGGUUACACGAGACGGCCGCGGUACCCACCGACCCUGGCGUAACGACCGGUUACUGGCCGUUUACCAAACAUACCAUCAUGCAGAGUUUGCGGACGGGUGGCGCCGUACCGGGAGUUGUCAGUGAGAUGGACCCGGACACGAUAAACCGUGGUAGCGGGGACGGGAAAGUGCUGGCGCCCUCUGACGCGGAUUAUGAGAGAGUAUUGGUACAAACACUCUUUUCUCUGGUGCGGGCAGGACGAUUGGACGACGCCGUUGACCUUUGCCGAAGAGCACACCAACCAUGGCGAGCCGCCAGUAUCAAUGGCGCUUUACUUUUGCGAUGGCGGGCAAUUGCCGACGACCUUCGCGACGAUGAGCUAACGGAUGACGAGUCGAUGUACACGGAAGAAGGCUGGCGGGGGAACUUGCGCCGGAAGCUAUGGAAGACAGCAUGCACUCGCGCUGCCCUCAACCAAUCUCUCUCUCCGACCGAGCGCGGGCUGUAUGCUGCUCUCGCUCCUUCACCGCAGACUGUUGGCCCACUGACGGCUAUGUGUCACUCCUGGACGGACCAUCUAUGGGCAUUGGUGUGCGUUCACUGCGAGGACAGGCUCAGCUCUGGGCUCGCGAGCCUCACAGGGCAGAGUUUCUGGGAGGGUGGCGUCGCGGCUGUUGAUGGGAAGGAGGGCGCGGGCAGAGGAGGGCCGGCUGAGGGAUCCGACGACAUGGAUAUGGACGAUGACGAGUGGGAGGGCGAGGUGGUCGACGCGCUGGAGUCAUUAGCAAGCAUCGAAGUAGAAGAGGGGCAACCGCCCGCGGAUAAUCCUUACCAUGUAUCCCAGCUGCAUAUCAUCUUGGACCGCACGGAUGCGUUGCUAGAUGCAUUUGCGAACACUCUUCGACAAGGAGCCUACGAUAUCAUGUCUCCACAGUAUCCGAUUAUGACGCGCUUUUUCGCACACCUCUGCUUAUACCUCAAAAUGAUCGAUAUCCCCGUCCCGCCUCUCGCCACGCAAGUGAUCUUCGAAGCAUAUCUACAAGUUCUCGAGGCAGCUGGCCAGCGUGAUCUUAUCGCCAUGUACGCCGGCGCGCUGGGCGACAACGCCAUCGAGCGCUAUGCGAUGUUCCUCACAUCUCUUGACUUGUCGAUAGACGAAAAAGAGCGGAGGCUCGCACUCACUCGUGCAAGAGACCACGGCCUCGACAUGCACCGCGUUGCCAUCGCCACGGCGGAGAGGACGGUCGAGAAGGCGUUCUCGGCGCUGCCUCCAACCAAAGGCCCACUGCCGCCUAUCAUUGGCAUGCAGCCGCCCCCGUCAGACGCUGAAAUGCUGUUGCUCCGGUCUAUCGAAUGGACGACGUUCCUGGAGUCAACAUAUGAGACUGCACUCGAACAAGCUAACGUCAUCCUCCGGUAUUUCCUAGGUGCUGGGCGAGCGUCAUUCGCGAAGUCUCUGCUCGACGUGCUGCCUCCAGACCUCGGGCGCAUUCGCCAGCCAGAAGACCUCGCCACGGAGUACCUGCACUAUCGUCAGUUCUUCACCGUCUGGGAGUCGCUGGCACGCGUUGUCGAGUGUCAGGCACUGGAGGCUCCGCAGAUGAACCAAGAAACGCGGACUGUGUGGUUGGAGGACUACAAGCUCCUCCUACAGCAGGCUCGUGAACAAGUAGUCAAGUUGCUGACAACUGAAUGGCUGGUCGUAGACACUAGCGCAAGCGAACGCCGACGGCGCGAGCUAUCGCGGAUACGUCAAAUUUACGUGCCCGAGCUUAUCAUGCGCGUGCAUUCACUCCUGGUCGCCUCAAGGAUCCAGGUACCAGAGAACCUCAAGCACGCCCUCUUGCUCGCGAACAUCGUCGCAGACUCGCGGUACAAGCUGACUGAAGACUUCGUCAGCGAGGACGGCCGGAGAUUGGGAGACUAUUUGUGUGCUGUCCGCCAGGCUGCCCUAGCGGGGUUGGAGGGUGGAGGCUCAGAUCCCUUCCGGAUUAUUACGAACUAA